AUGAUAAAUGAAGUGCAAUGUUGUGAGACAGCCCCUAUAGAAAAAAGUGUACGGCAGGACACAAGCAAAGCCACAAGAAACCGAAACUCACAACAUAUAAGCAAUAAUCAGGUGAAUGAGAAAAAUGGUUUGCCAAGACGUCAGACGAUCAUAGAAAUAUGUAAUGAAGAAGAAAUCGAGGUAAAUGACUGGCAUAAAGUUCAGCCGAGAAAACAGAAAAAAAAGGAAGCAAGGGUACAUCUGUCAGUACAGGACUCUAACCAUAAAAUGAUAAAAAAUCAUAGAAUUUUUCCAAAACCAAAUGCCUUAUUAAUCCGGCCGACCGAAAAAGUUAAUUAUUCCGAAAUAUUACGUCGCAUCAAACAUGAUGUCCCUGAUGACAAGGUAAAUACGACAGUAGACAAAAUAAACAAAACCAGAAAUGGAGACUUGUUGAUAACUAUUUCUAAGAAAAGUGAGGAGAAAGGCCAAGGACUGCAACAGAUUAUCGCAGGUGUGUUAAAGGAUGAGGCCGAAGUUAUUUAUAAGGGGCACCAAGAAACUAUAGAAAUAAGGGAUAUUGAUGUUGAAAUCUCAAAAAUUGAUAUCCAGAUAGCACUACAAAAAGCAACCGGGGGAGCCUGCAACACACCAGCAGAAGAAAUUAGGCUUCGUAAGGCAUAUAGAGGUACCCAGAUUGCUACUGUAGCUCUUCCAGCGGCAGUUGUACACGAUCUGCUCAAAGCAAGUAGCAAAAUACGAAUUGGAUGGGUCAACUGUCAAAUUAAAAUCAUCAAGAAACCAAUUCGAUGUUUUAAAUGCUGGCUAUUCGGACAUUAUGGAUCACAGUGCAAGAGCGAAGUGAAUCGGACCAAUCUAUGCUUUAGAUGUGGACAAGAAGGUCACAAAAUAGCCAACUGUAUAAAUGCAGCAAAAUGUGCACUAUGCGCUGAAAAUGGAAACUCUGAAUAUGUAGCACAUCAUGCCGGCACUCACAGAUGUCCUCUAUAUAGGAAGGCCAUAGAGAAAAUAAUGAACGCAAAAGCAUGA